UAGUAUGGGGUAAAUGUGAAAUCGCGAAAAAAAGUUCAGCUGUUCGACAUUAAAUACCCAAGUUGUGGAAAAUGUAUGGAUCAGCUGUUUUUUUUUUCGUGACAUCAAAUAUGCUUCCAUACGAAAAGUUGUUCAGUACCAUCGACUGAUCAUGUACAUUAUUUAUUUAGCUAAACACAACGGUACACAAUAUGUAUCCUUUUAAAGUAUUUAUUAAGAAAAAAUAGGCACUCGAUAGUCAAUCGACGACCUCGGUGGCGCAGUGGUAAGAUUCUUGCCACUGAACUGAGAGGUCCUAGGUUCGAUCCCCGGUCGGGUCAUGACCCGACCGGGUCCAUCAUGAUUUCCAUCAUGAUGGAAAAUGAUUUUGUUCUGAUUGGCCCGGGUCUUGGAUGUUUAUCUAUAUAUGUAUUUAUUAUAAAAUAUAGUAUCGUUGAGUUAGUAUCCCAUAACACAAGUCUCGAACUUACUUUGGGGCUAGCUCAAUCCGUGUGGUUUGUCCUAAUAUAUUUAUUUACUUACAAAAAUUUCUUAGAUAAACACAAUAUUAUCAUCCUAAACACGUUCACACGUCACAUUCGUCGACCUCACACAACUGCAAACAAUUCCUGACAAGCGUCUUCCAUCCAUCCACGAACACAUCACACUCAGGUUCCUGAUUCAGGAAUGCGUUGAGAUAAAAUAAUGCCAAUGUAUAAGAAAUCAACCUAGAUACAUUUAAACGUACCUACUCAUCUUGCUACUUUUUAGUCUGAACUUAUACAACUGGGUUGAUUAGGUAAUUAGAGCUCAAACUUUAUGGGAAUGUACAAUACUUACCUGCCGAUGACGUCAUAAGUGCACGGGGCGUUUUGACAAUUUCAAAUAUCGCCCAAAAAUGUUGAAACAAAAAAGGAGAGGCUAUUUCCCAACGCGAAGCGGUGGUGUGUAAUGGUUAAGACGCCGCCUGUGGAUCGAAAGGUCCCAGGUUCGAAUCCUACUCGUGCCACAUGUGUUUGUAUACAAAUCUGACUCGAAUAUAGUAAUUUUCAUCGACCACCACUUGCUUCCGGUGAAGGAAAACAUCGUGAGAAAACCUGCACACUGGUUGAUUAUUAUUAACUUGUGUGUGAAAUGGAGAAGGCAAUGGCAAACCACUCCAUUAAUAAUGCCAAGAAAGUUGUUGUGUGUGUUUCAUUCCACGUAAUGACCAUGACUUUACUUACGAGUGGGACCUCGUAAAUACAUAAAAAAGGUUUUUUUUUUUCAUUAUUUAUAUAUUUCCAGAUUGACUAGCUGCAAAGGUAUUCCCUAGGGUGACAUGGGGCACUACACAAUUUUGACCCUCAUAAAAUAUGGUUGAAAUUACUGGUGAAUAUGGAUGGCGAGAAGAAUCCUUGGCAAAGAAAUCUAAUAGAUACAAAAUGCAUCGAAAUUCUAAAAUAAAUGUUACAGAAAACAGUUAGGUAACUUGUAUUGAUUGCCACAAAAAAAUAUGGUAACUUGGUAAAUGUAAUGUAUAUAAAUAUAUAAAGUUGAGACAAUGUAAUGUUUUUGAAAAUGUUCAACGUGUUUAGGAUGAUAAUAUUGUGUUUCUCUAAGAAAUUUUUGUAAGUGCCUAUUUUUCCUUACUAAAUACUUUAAAAGGAUACAUAUUGUGUACCGUUGUAUUUAGCUAAAUAAAUAAUGUACAUGAUCUGAAGUCGAUGGUACUGAACAACUUUUCGUAUGGAAGCAAACUUGAUGUCGCGAAAAAAAAGCAGCUGAUCCAUACAUUUUCCACAACUUGGGUAUUUAAUGUUGUAUAGAACAGCUGAACUUUUUUUCGCGAUUUCGGAUUGACUCCCAUACUAAAAGUUGUUCAGAAUCAUGGACUGAGCAUGUGGACAAAAUAUUGUAUAAAAAGUCAACCUGUGUAUUUUUUAGUAUGAAGCAUAUUAUUUUUGACAAUAUUCAAUUCAUACGUUGUCCGGUUUUCUCACAAGAAACGACCAAAAUUUACCAAUUUUGGACGCUGCGCCGGUUCGAGUAUAUGCCAUCUCUUGAUGUAAACAAAACUGGUCAGACUGAUUGAAAUUUGAAAUGCAUAUAUGGGCAUGAAGGAGGAAUCAACACGAGAGUGAUACGUCUGGCGGUCGACACAGUCGUAUGGGCAGCCUACCAGACCUGACGGAGCGGUCGCGACCCGCCGCCAGUCGCACGGCCUCCCGUACCGUUUCCGACCCGCACCGACAUCGUACUCUACUGCCUCAGAUACCCGUAAGCACAAUAUACAAGAAAGAAUGGCUGUGGAAGAAGCCGAAACCCAAAACACCCCAGCGGGUUGCUGUCCCUGUCGUGGUCCCUCGUCGACGAGAUUCCGCCGCGUCAUCAGUCGGCGCCGCCUCAGUUCGGAAGUUGAUCACGAGGCAGCCGCCAAAAGUACCAAAACCUAUUGUCACGAGAUUCACUCUUCUUUGCCUCUCCAGCGGUCUUUGUGCCACAGCUUUACUCCCUUUCACGGCCUUCGCUGGUGCCGAGGCAGCAGCCAUACCCCUUGCAAUUAUGCACGCUGUAGCUGCCAUAGUUGCUCCGUUCUCCCCUUUAAUCCUUCAAAAGACCGGUGCAAGGAUUGUGAUAAGCGUAGCACAUAUAUUAGUGUUUAUUCUCUUAACUGCUCACACAGUUGCAACUCCUUUAUCGGUGCUGCUGCCUUUGUAUGUACUAUGUGGAAUAACUUUAUCGCCGAUGUCGUUAGCAUUGUCAGCUUCGGCGACUUCGUUAGCUCAAGCCGCUGGUGAUGAAGUGAGAAGGAAGAUAGCUUUAAGAAGGGCGUUGAGGGCUCUUCGUGCUGCUCAAGACUUAGGCCUGGUGUUCGGGUCGUUGUUGCUGGGAGGAGCGCUGAUGAUUUGGCCGGAGGACAUGAUGUCGGCCCCAGAGGUCGCGGUGGCUCCUACUAACGCUACGCUUUCAAGAUGGCCUCCGCCUGAAGAAUAUUUUUUAGAAGAUGAAUAUGAGGAGCAAACGUGCGGCGCUGCGGGCUGUCCGAGCCUGCCGCUGCUGUCGGGGACUGUGCUGAGCGCCACCGGGAGACGCAUCCUGGUGGCUGUCUGGGCAUCCGUGGCCCUCACAUCGAUAGGCCUAGGGGUGUACGGGGCCACGUCUUCCCCAGCCCCGCCGCCCGACGCGAGGUCGGUGCUGAGAGACCCCAGGGCUCUGCUGGGGGCGCCGAUGGGGCUCUUCAUAGGACUACAACAGGGAUUUAUUUAUACUUCUUAUAUUAAGUGGUACGGUGUUUGCGUAGGCGGCUGGAGUUGCGCCUGGAGAGCUUUGUUCGGCGCCGGCUGCCUCCAGGCCUUAGCUGCAGCGACUCUCAGCAUGGCGGCGGCGCGGGGGCGCCGGGGGGCGCUGACAGCGGGGGGCGCGGCGGCGCACGCGUCUCUCAUGCUGGCGUUGCUGCGCUGGCGCGCGGCCAGGACGGACUUGGCGUUACCAGCCGUGGCUGCUGCGGCUUGGGGCGCCUGCGCUGCCUUGUGGGACGUCUUGCAGGCUGGACUCUGCAUAGGAGGCCCCGGGUGGCGAGGGCCGUGGUCAGUGACACUAUCAGCUCGUCACGCAGGGCUGGCAGCCGCGUGUGCGGCGCGACAGCUGCUGUGUGUGCGGUCGCAGUUGGCAGCCCUAGCCACCGCACUUUGCGCAGCGUUAGCUUCACAGACUGCUUUAGAAUUGCGCUUGAGGAGAGGAGAAGCAGCUCGAAACAGAUCCUAGCGAAAGGCCACGGCGACGCAGCUGACUGUGCUAGCGCCGCCGACAGAGGACUUGGACGAAGGGAUAGCUUGCCACGUCAUCAGCUAAUAAAUAAAUAUAUAUGGACACAUCGCACAGAUUCAGUUAGACCCAAUUUAGGUACGUUCGUGACUUUUGUUAUGGGAUACUAACUCGUAAUAUCAAAACAAACCGACGAAAGCAUGCCGUGGCGGCAGAUAUCCGUGAAUUCUGUGAGUCAGGAAAUCCAUGUUACUUCAACAGGACACAACGUGACAGGCGGGCUACUAUGAAACAUAAAACACGUAGCACGUUAUUGCGUCCACACGUUCUCUCUUUUUUUCACACGGUAUGGGAAAAAGAGACAGCAUGUGGACGUUAGUGACGUGUUGCGCGAUUUUAUGUUUCUUUUUGGGCCUUCAGGUCAUCAGCUAUCAAAACACAGAGCUCAUGAAAUUACCACAGAAUAUAUUUAUGUUAUUUAUCCCCUAUGUACGCAUAUCUCCAAGUUUCAGCAGUUGGGCUGAUGUGAUUUUUUGUAACUUGAUUCGUCUAGUAUUGAUUACUGUUGAUUUAUAUUGCUUUCGCGAUAUUUUUUAAUGAAAUCCAUUUAAAAAGACGAUCUAAAAAAAUAUUGCUCAUUCUAUAAUUAAAUUGAUCUUGAAUCACGAUCUCAACUAGCAUUAAUUAGAAUAAAUGCUUGUUACAGCACAAUGUUAGUUAAUGUUGAAAUGUUUUGACGUGGUCUUGAUGUGACUUGGUGGAAUGAUCCAGUUUUAUAAAGGCAUUGACGCCAUUUAAAAUACAGAUUGCUUCGCGAAAGACGACCACAAAAGGGCGGUAGUCUCGACCAUGUACACUCAAGAAGAAUAUACUUACCUACUUAUGUGUGAUUUUAUCGAUAAUCUUUUGGGACUGAAUUUGUGUCAAAUUUUCCGAAAACCUACACAUUAGUCUGAUUCUUUUUUCGUUAAAAUAAAUAAUAGGCUGAUUUUUUUCUUCAUAUGAAUUUUUGUAUGCUAUAUUUAUCGCUAUCAAAUUGAAAGGCUAGUUAUAUAUAAAUGAACGUAAGUAUUAUAGUUAUUAAAUAAAAAACUCACACACUUUGCAACACUAAUCUUGCCUUUUCUAAGUAUUUAUCUUGGUAUUAGGAAGUAAAAAUUUGGAUGUAUAAUACUUUUAGACUAAAACUAAAGUAUCUCUGAUCACAUUCUCACUUUUAUAGAAACAUUACACUAUAUACUUAAUAUACAAGAAUUUAUCUCAGUAACUAUAUCAAUCUGUAUCUAAGUACCUAUGUAAUUAAUUAUUUUUUGUAUUUUAUAAUGUUUACUGUUAUUUAUUAGUAAAUACUUAAUACAAAAUUGUUAUAAUUAUGUAAUGAAAUAUAAAAAAAUAAUUUUAUUAUAACCUCAACGCGACUCUUGAUCCACGCGGAAAACGGAUAAUCUUUAAACGCGGAUAUAUAGCUAUCUCGCUUGCGCUCAGGUGCUUCGGGUCGAGAGCAACAGUGUAAAAGCGAUUGAAACAUUUUCGAUUUGAUCAGAAACAGCGUUUACUGGGUAACUUGCAGUUCAAAAUUAAUUGCAUGUUACCCUCGAAUCACUGCCAAAUGGAUUUUAAAAACGUAAUAUUGCAUUUUAAAAAUAUCUUAAUUCAUUUUAUGCACUUUAUAAUAUACCUAUUAGAAAAAAAGAACAGGACGAAGUAAAUAAAAAUGCCGUAAAAACAAUAAUAAUAACAAUAAAAAAUAUAGGAAGAUAUUUGUUAAUUUUUGUUCUUCACUGAACAAAAAUCACAUAAGACAGGUGAUCGUUGUCUUCGAAGACGAAAUUCUGAACAUAUCAAAUAAAUAUAGAAUCUAUGUUCUAAACUCCCCAUAUGAAUUUAAAAAGCCAAAAUUGGAUCUCUUUGCUUACAAGAUUUUGAGUGUUGUAUAAGAAACUGCUCUAAAUAUGUGCAGCGAACCAAUCAAUUUACCUACCUACAUAAAUUUUGAUUAUAAAUUUCAAUUAAUUUCAAAUUUUCUUGUCAAAAAUCAACCACUUUUAAUGUUAGAAAGCAUGGACGUAUAAAAAAGAUCUCUUUUUUAUACGUCCAUGGUAGAAGGUCAGGUCAGGUCAGGUUCAAAUACUUAGAGCACUUUACCAUGAUAAAAUCCUAAGGGUAUCUACGCCUGCUGUUAAAUAUACUUAGGUAUAAUGUUGAAAUGUUGUUAAAAUAACAUAAAAGAAGCUUAGCCAUAACUAAAUGAUACCUACAAUAUUCAUACCGUUACAUUAUUCCUAUCAAGACCUAUUUUUCUAUAACCGAUGUUGUUGAAUGAGUGUUAGAAUAUUUGUAUUCGCCAUACGACAGAAUAAACUAUUUGUU